AAUUUUUCUACUCAAUAAUUCUACGUGAUUUCUUUUAAUGCCUGAUCAUACCGGAACCAGGCAUUAAAAAAACCUGAUUUGUGCACGUCUAUAUUAAACUAGUUUUAAAAUAUCUUUACUAGUUAUAGCCCAAUAUUAUUAGGCAUUGCCCAAUGGACUACAAUUUGGGUUUUUUAGGGUUUUAAUUCCAUCCAGAAACCAUGUGGGCCAACACCACCUUAUCCUCCAUCUUCCGGCCAAUCGCCACCGUCACCGCCACCGCCACCUACCGGAGCAACCGAGCUCCGUUCACCGUCUCCGCCAAGCACCCACGUCCUCAAAAAAACAUCAAAUACGACUACGAAGAAGAAACUGAAACUGAAACUGAAACCGAAACCGAUCGAGAAUUAGAACUUUUAAACCAGCGAGAAACUGAGGAUCCAAAUGCAUACGCUGCUACUUCAGAGAAAAUUAGCGGGUCUGCUGUUCUGUUAGCGCUGCAAAAAGCGAGUGCUCAGAAAACAUCGAAGAAGAUGAAGAAGAAGAAGAUGAUGAUGAAAAGCGUUAAUGAGGAUGAAGAUAAUCGGCGGAAACAGGGAGACGUGAUUGAAGAUUACAGUGAUGUGAAGCCGUUGUGCAUCAAGAGUGAUUGGAAAGAUCGGUUGGAUGAUCUGGAGAUGCAGCUGCAUCAACUGGUUCAUCAUACUUGAUGUGGUGUUUAUGGUAAAUUAAAGUUACAAUUUCAUGUCAUUUGAUAGUUACAAAAGUUAUAUUAAUUAAUUAGUUAUUAAACAUCAAUUGUAUAUUAUUUUCAAAAGUUCCUAAAAUGCAUACACAUUGCAUUAUCAAUGUGAAAAAAACCGGAGUUUGAACUUUUGUAACCAACUGAAUUGCGUACUCAAAAGAACCGAAUCAGUCAAUUCUGGGAGGCUCCAGUGAACUUUCUCUUUCUGACGGAUCCGCUUUACGGGAGGUUUAUUCUUCGGCCAGCUGAUAAACACCCUUACAAGAGUGUAGGUCCACUCUUGUGGGGCUCAGGGAUAAUGGGUUUGUUACUGGCCAGGCAGCAU